AGCGAAAAAAUAAUAAACCGAUAAGAAGGUUUACUUAUAUUAUUGAACAAGAAGAAGUUUAUCUGUCUAAAGAUAUUUUAGUAACAACUGGAAUUAAUUCACCAAACAAAUCUAACAAUUUUAAAAUUCCUGAUAAUUAUAUAGUAAAAACUACUUGUAAUACAUUUGCAGAAACAGUAACUUCAACAUUAUCAGCAUCAAACGCAGCACUUAUUUAUCAACAA